GGGCGGUGACCCCAGCUGUCAGAUGGGUCGAGAUGGCCACCGAUCCACUCUCGAUUGCGAGCUCGACUCGCUUGUUGGCGCCUCCCAAAAGUCCUAUUCUCCCUCCACGAGCCCCGAAAUUCGCUAGCAUUAUCCCACCGCAACUCUGUGCCGACUGCACUAAUCUAAAUGUUACCCCGCGCUUGAUCUCACCGACGACAAGAUCCGAUUUUCGAUUUCACUCGUGACCCGCUCUCCCGAGCUGCAAAUUGCUCACUCUUUUGACGCACGACGAUGCCUAUAUCAUAAUAAUCGGAGAAGCUGGAGCGAAAUACUAGGCUGGCAGAUUCGCUAGAGAAAUCUAAUACUCUUGCUCGUCGUGACUGGUAGAGGGUGUCGUUGGGGGCUGGGAAAGCCAGGGAGUCAUCGCGCGACUCGUGGUACGCCGACCCUCUUAUCGCCCACGGAGCGGCAAGAUGGUGACUACCCGGCGGUCAUGGCCUACAUGGUUACGAUACGGAUCGGUGAUUCUGGCACUUUCGGCUCCUAUAUGUGGGAAUGGAGUGCAGAACUCUACACAAUCGGUUGACCGGGUAUUGGAGACGUGUCCGGUGAAGACUAUGUGGGAGGUAGAAGCGGAGGUAUUCCGAGAACCGGUAUGCUUGGAAACUCGUUGGGGACGAGGGACAGAAGAAUCAAAACAACAACCCCCGGCUUCUACGCAGUCGAGUGGUGUGGGUGGACAUAGCACCCCGACGAUAGCCUCGACUGCCGCGGUAGGAGGGACACCGGCGGCCGUUGCAGAGCAGGAGGCCGACCAUGAAGCGGAUGAGGACUCUUUGCUUGAUAGCUCGAGUUUUCUCUCCUUUGAGGAUUGGAAGAAACAGAAUCUGGCCAAGGUUGGACAAUCGGCUGAAAACGUUGGAGCGAGCAGACGUGCUGCGGCGGUUGGCAAGGAAGGUCGGCGGCAGCCGGGCAUUAAUAAUGCGCUGGACUCACUUGGCGAUGACGGGGAGAUUGAACUGGAUUUCGGCGGGUUCGGCGCUGAAACGCCAGAGGCGAGUCCGACGGCUUGGGGGACACCUAUUCCUUCGCCGUACGUUGACCCGUUGGAUGGCGAGAAGGGCGGAGACGCCCAUACCCAGACUGCGCCUCAGCCGGAUGUCUCCCGGCGUAAGGAUGCUGGCACAACUUGCAAAGAGCGGUUCAACUAUGCAUCCUUUGACUGUGCGGCGACGGUGUUGAAGACGAAUCCCGAAUGUAAGGGGUCUUCGUCGGUGCUUGUCGAGAACAAGGAUAGCUACAUGCUGAACGAGUGUCGCGCCAACAACAAGUUCCUCAUUCUGGAGCUCUGCGAUGAUAUUCUCGUGGACACGGUGGUUCUCGCCAACUACGAGUUCUUCAGCUCCAUCUUUCACACUUUCCGAGUGAGUGUCUCAGAUCGGUACCCCGCGAAGCCGGAUCAGUGGAAGGAACUGGGGGUCUUUGAAGCCAGGAAUACUCGUGAGGUGCAAGCCUUUGCGGUCGAGAACUCGCUGAUUUGGGCUCGUUACUUGCGGAUCGAGUUCUUGACUCACUACGGUCAUGAGUUUUACUGUCCCGUCAGCCUUAUUCGGGUUCAUGGUACUACUAUGAUGGAGGAGUAUAAGCAUGAUGAAAGCGUGAAUCGUGCAGAACCGGAGGUCAUCGAGUCUGUUCAGACUGUCGAGGUCUCUGAUAAGGCAGAGGCUCGGCACGUGGAGUCUACCAUUGAGGAAAUUGCGAUAGAGAGCAAGGAGUAUGAGCUUAUCCAUGAGAUGUGUCCGAAUCCUCUUAUAGAGGUGGAAUCGGUUCUCUUGGGACGCUCGCUCUUUGCAUCUGAAACUUGCGGUCUCGGUGAAGAGGCUGCGGCUGAAAACAGGACAAAGACUGUUCCGCCGGCCAAGGUCAAGCAACCGUCGAGUAUCAACUCCACAGCUACACCGGGAGAUGGUGCUUCUACUUCUCAGUCUGGAACGGCAAUUCCACCGAAAGUCCCCGAGGAUACUCGCAAGACGGGUGAUUCGGCCAAAUCGGUAGCAGCGACACCCGAUGCACCAGCCGCCGUGACAGAUACUUCCCAACAGGAUUCUACCACUGAAAGUACGGGAAAGACCACUACCAAUCCCAAAGAAGAGCAACAAAACAGCCCACCAUCAGAAUCUACGCGACCGAGUUCGACACAACCACCAUCCCCCAACCCAACCACGCAGGAAUCAUUUUUCAAAUCCGUUCAUAAACGGCUACAAAUGCUGGAGUCCAACUCCACGCUAUCCCUGCUCUACAUCGAAGAGCAAUCUCGCAUCCUCCGCGAUGCAUUCAACAAGGUCGAGAAACGUCAACUCGCAAAGACGUCCACCUUCCUCGAAAACUUGAACAUCACAGUACUCAGCGAACUCAAGGAGUUCCGCGAGCAGUACGAUCAUGUCUGGAAAUCCGUCGCUUUUGAAUUCGAGCACCAGCGCAUGCGGUACCACCAGGAAGUGCAUUCCCUCAGUGCACAACUCGGCGUUCUUGCCGACGAGCUCGUCUUUCAGAAGCGAGUCACCAUGAUCCAAAGCAUCAUGGUCCUCUGCUGCUUCGCAGUAGUCCUCUUCUCGCGAGGCUCUGUCGGCACGUACAUGGAAUUUCCCCGCGUCCAACGUAUGGUCGCGCGGUCCUACAGCCUGCGAUCCUCGUCCCCUCCCUUCGAAUCCCCAUCCGCCAGUCCCGGGUCUACACGGCCGACAUCCUCGUACCAGCACUCGGCUCAUCGGCGGAAUUUGUCAGAUAGUUCCUCGGGGGAUAGCCCCAAUAGCCCGGAGGUGGCGUAUAUCCCGCCGACGCCGACGUCAGAUGUCUCGCGGGAAUUUGAGGAAGAGGAGAAAGAUGCACAAUCUCCUUCACCCGGGCCAAUGUCGGUGCCUACGCUGGGUACGCCACAUUUCCGGUCACACAGUACGCCACCCGUGUUGAAUGCUCGAUCCUCGGAGGUGGAACUGGGUGAACAGAAGGAGGAUAACGACCUUCUAUCUGCGGCUUCGACUGUAUCGGAGGAACCGCCUCAAACAUCAUGAGGUUGGGGUUCCAGAAGAUGAUCCCAUCGUGCAAUGACCGGUCAUGCUUCUUUCUCGAUAUCCAUCAUUCCCCAUGACUGUCGGCGAUUGCCGAAGCAUAUCAUUGCAUCACGUUAUGUUUGUUCGUUGUCGUCCUUUUUCCGGGUUCAUUCCCCUAAUGUCUGUUUAUGACUUUUUUCUUUUUUUGCAUGGCGUUCCAGGCAUAGUCUAUGCUCUGGCAAGUGUACAUAUGUACUGUAUGACUGGUCUACGAAAUGAUUCCCACUGUUCUUGUCUUGACUUGUUGCCUGGAGUCCAUGAAUUGUUUUGGAUGACUUUGUUUUUCCUUGAAUAACUUACUCCUACCAAUGCAUUUUCGGUCGGAUUCUCCAGUCACGGACCAAAAACAAAUACAUCCCCAUCAUAACAAUAGCUCCCCACAAAUCCAGAC